UUGCUGAGACCCUCAAAUCCACAGCUCUCACACUCUCCUGCUGAUGAGUCAGUGAGCAGAGCCAAACAGAGUCGAAGUGAGAAAAAAGCACGAAAGGCGAUGUCAAAGCUCGGGCUGAAACAGAUCCACGGAGUGACACGCAUUACCAUUCGGAAGUCCAAGAAUAUUCUCUUUGUUAUUACACGUCCAGAUGUGUUUAAAAGCCCUGCCUCGGAUAUUUACAUAGUCUUUGGAGAGGCCAAGAUUGAAGACCUGUCACAACAGGUACACAAGGCAGCGGCAGAGAAAUUUAAGGUUCCUCUUGACCCCUCACCUCUGCCAUCAGAAAUCACACCAAGCCUGACAAUAAAAGAAGAGAGCGAGGAAGAAGAGGAGCUGGAUGAGGGUGGGCUGGAGCAGAGAGAUAUCGAGUUGGUGAUGGCACAGGCCAACGUGUCUCGAGCUAAAGCAGUCCGUGCACUGCGCCACAACAAG